CGCACACCCCCCCCCGGCCUGCUGCUGCCGGGCCACUGACGGUGUGGGGGUGUUUCUGACGGAGCGGAGAUGGCGUUUUCCCGGUCGGUUCGCUGAGGCCGUACGGCCAGUGGGUGAGCGGGCCCCGGCGAGGAAGAGUGGAGCCCGGUUAGUUGUGAGCGGCUCCCGAGGUCUCGUCUCUUAGCCCCGCUCCCGGGCGUCGGCUUCGUAACAUGGACGACCUCAGCACCAUCGGCCUUCUCUCCCUGGCCAUGCUGGUCGGCUGUUACGUGGCAGGAACCAUCCCGUUGGCCUUCAACUUUUCCGAGGAAAGAUUGAAGUUGGUGACAGUUCUUGGUGCUGGUCUUCUGUGUGGCACCGCUUUAGCAGUCAUCGUUCCAGAAGGGGUUCAUGCACUCUAUGAGGAUGCUCUGCACGAUAAGCAUGUCCAUGGCGAUGAAGUGGGGAAAGCAGAAGAUCCAUUGAAGACAGGACAGUCAGCAGAGACCAACCACGAUCACGAGCAUGUUACUUUGCAUGCAUACAUUGGUGUUUCACUAGUCCUUGGAUUUGUUUUUAUGCUUCUAGUGGAUCAGAUAGGAAGCUCUCAUGUACACUCCAGUGAUGAUCCUGAGGCUGCAAGAACAGCAAACACCAAGAUCACCACCACACUUGGCCUGGUGGUUCAUGCAGCAGCGGAUGGCAUUGCCUUGGGUGCAGCAGCUUCCACAUCACAGACGAGUGUACAGUUGAUCGUAUUUGUAGCUAUUAUGUUGCACAAAGCUCCAGCUGCUUUUGGUCUGGUUUCCUUCCUUAUGCACGCAGGGCUGGAAAGAAAUCGAAUUAGGAAACACCUGCUGGUAUUUGCUUUGGCGGCACCAUUGCUCUCCAUGGUCACUUACUUGGGCCUGAGUAAGAGCAGUAAAGAAGCACUUUCAGAUGUGAAUGCCACUGGAAUUGCCAUGCUGUUUUCAGCAGGAACGUUCCUUUAUGUAGCCACUGUGCACGUGCUUCCAGAGGUGGGUGGCACCAGUCACAGUCACAAAGCAGAGUCAGGUGGGAAGGGACUCAGUCGACUUGAGGUUUGCACCCUCGUCCUAGGCUGCUUGAUCCCACUGGUAUUGUCAGUGGGUCACCAGCACUGACCAACAGGAAUCUGGAUAAUGAGGGUCUGUCAGCAUUCUGGCAGGAACACUACAUGCUGACCCUUUGCCUUGUCAUUUAUCUUUCCUCAUGAAAUUCAAAGUGAACUAGAUGGGAAGUGAAAUUGUAAAUACAUUGGGAGGAAUUCUGGCAAAGUAGCCAUUUUGAAAAGUAAAAGUUUUGUUUAAUGUAUUGACAAAUCUCUGAACUUGUUUCAACUAAUGGGAGAAUGUAACUUAAAUCAAAUGGUGUCUGGUUACAAAGGACGAAGCACAGGCACUUAUUAAUUUAACAGUGAAUUUGGAUUGCAUUAGAGAUAAUCCAGGAUGAGGGAAUUAAUGCAGGGUUUAUGAAUAUGUUAAAUCAUUUUUACUGGAUUUUAUUCUUAAUUGUACAGUCUUAAAUGGUUUGUUAGCCUGUAAGCUUGGUGCCUGCUAGUUCAAUGUCAGUGUUUAAAUGAUAGGAUUUUGACAGGCUAAUGUAUUUGAGAAGAAUUUUUUUGUUGAAAGUGCUUUGUUAAUGUAUAUGGGGUAAGGAAAUAAAACAAAAUAAACUAUCUGAAUCUUUAAUUUUAAUGAUCAAACAUGUCAUACAGUGGUAGAUGGGUGUAGGAUAACAAAAUGUUUCCUAGAUCCAUAGAAGUGAAAUACUACGAAUGAAAUACCAUUGCUAUGAUUUUGCUGACUUGUGAAUAUUCAUUGUUCAGUUGCUUCGGGUAAACUGAAAUCAUUCCAUGGACAAUGGCCUUAUUUUUUCAACUCUUUGUACACAUUAACAGAUCUUGCAGAAAUUUUUUUUGUUUUUAAGAUGUACAUGAUAAAUAAAUUUUUAAUAAGUGGU